GCCAGAUGAUUGUCAGUGAUACUAAUCACCGUCAAUUGCUCAUAACGCACUUGAUGUAUAGAGCACGGGCAGUUUCAGAAUGUAACACAUAGCGAAAUGGACAUAGCUAUUCUCUAUAUAUCUGUCAUGCAUUUGGCAAUCUCGCAUACCUGUCCACAAGAACACGAAGAUAACUUAAUUUUUGACAUCUGCCAAACUCACACAGAGGUAGCGAAUGUUUCAACAUCCGGGUACCUCCGUCUUCGUGUCGGGUCAUCACUGCUGGACUGCAACUGUACACUGUCCACGCCACGCCCUGACCACCUCCACGUGGGACUAUACACAAAUGGCUACUUCCCCCACAGCUUCAACCUGUUCGCGGGGCCGGUCAACAAGAUAGCCGUCAACGCGGGUAUAGUGGGGAAGGGGGUGGGGAGUGGGGCGGUCAGCAGCACCCAGCCCUGGCAACUGAACCUCAGCAGGAACUGGCAUAUCAAGCAGGGCAGUCAGACCAGCCAGAAUGAGAGUCUUUGUCUGGGAUAUAGCGUCAGUGGCGUGGACGUAUCAGUCAAGUGCAACGCUUCAUUUUACAAACAUGGAAGAACUGCUUCGCCUUUCUUGAAGAAAGUGACGCUGGGGUUGGCCAUCUUGGUGCCUGUUCUCCUGGUUCUCCUGCUUACUGUCAUCAUAAUCGCUUACGGAGUCUACAGUAGAAGCAAAUCCCGAGCGGAAUAUGAACUCAAGAGCAUUCCCUUCGAAACACAAACAACAUCAUCAAAAAAUACUCCAUCUUUGACAAGAACCUUCAAAACUAACCCGGAUGUGUGUGCGGGUCACGUGACAGACUCUGACUCGAGGGACGGGGAAUGGGAGUUCCCCAUGCCCCCACCAGAGGCGUACACAGAAGCGGAACAAUGGUCACCAGAGAACGACAGAAAUGUACCAACAUAACCAUCUGUCAGAGACGAAGGACAUAUUAUAAUCAGUGAUGUGGUGACGUGUAUAUAUUACAUUAAGUCGUUAACUUCAGUGUAUAACUUGUGCACGCCGAUCGUUACUUGUCAUUUGAAAAGAAAGUAUCUUGACAGUCUGAAAAUUCCCACAUUCCCGACUGUACAAUUUGGUAUAGACAGUGAUAAGUGGAUACUGAACUUUGAUUUGAAACAGAUUUACUCGUAAGUUUCCAAAACAUUAUCAUUUAUUCAACAGUUUUUUUAUUUAACUCUGACUCUGCGAUGUGAAAUGAGAAAAGAAAAUAUGAAUAGCAAAUGGCCUUUGUCUCUAUUAAAAUGUGAUUCUUGCUUCUUGAAAUACAAUUAGGAAUCCAAAGUAAAUUCACUGCUAUGGUAAAUGAACGACAUUCUUGAAAUAUGGUAAGCAUGGUAACUGAACACGCAGUUAACACCUUGCGUGAUCACGUGGCUGGAAUUAAUAGAAUUCACACUGGACAUUGAACUUUCCUUUUUAAGACCGUCCAAAAACCUCAGCAAAAAUGCAUUCUUUCCAAACAUUGGUCUAUAUUAAAGGAUUAGGGUUUUUUUCCCAGCAGCAUUGGUAUUUUAUAUGUGAGUGAGUGAGCAUGGUUUUACGGCGCUUUUAGCAAUAUUUCAGCAAUAUCACGGCGGGUAUUUUAUAGGAAGUGUAACAGACAAAGAAGUGGUCACUGAAAGACUUAAUUGUGUUUUUAUACAGGACUGGCAUUCCUCAUUGUCAAAUGUUUUCUUCCUUUUAGCCAUUUCUCAAUGUUGAAUUAUAUCUGGAAGAAAUUACCAUUACAAAAUUUAGAAUAUCAUUGUCAAAGUAGCGUUGCAUUUCCCUUGAAUCUCCUCAUAGGAACGAGGUGGUACUAUAAUAUUCCAAGACAUGAAAUGAUUUGCCAGUUCCUCAUUGGUAUGAUGAGGAGUCAUUAUGUAUCGAUUUGUUACGUUAACAAAGGAAAGUGUUAUUCAUCCAACACUGUUUUAUUUUAAUUCAUUAACGUCUUCAUCAUGAAAAAGUAAUACAAAUGUUUG